GGUGGGGUGGGGUGGGGAGGAGGCUCAUCAGGGACAGCACAGGAAGGGCCUGGGUGGGGGUCCCGUGUGGCCCAGGGGGAAAAGCCUGAGACCAGCGGGGCGGCCAGGCCACAGCCUGCUGCUCCGUGGUCAGCACUGUGUUGCCAACAGACGCAGCAGGGAGCCGGCACUUUCCGUGCAGGGGCACUGGGUUCUCGGGAACCGAGGCCCAGAGAGGUCAGGCCACUUGCUCAAGGUCACACAGCCAGGGAGCUGCAGAAUAGGAACUCACACCCAGAUCUGUGUUCUCUCCCUGCCUCCCUAUAGAGGCAGGCCGCUGAGGGCCAGGGGCAGUCCAUGGGGUGUGUGGGCCAGAACGGGCCCCCACGUGGCCUGUCAGCCCGGAAGCAGGCAGUUCCCUUCUCCCACCUCGAGAAGAGGGGCGAGGGGCAAGGAAAAUGGGGCACGGCUCCUGCAAGUGCCACCUCGCCCGGCCAUGCCCUCUCCCUGGCUCGGUCUGCGGGCCGGGCCGCUGCAGCACCUGGAAGGAAGGAGGGCUGUGGGCUCAGCCCGGGGGGCCGCCUCUGUGGGGCCGCCCCGCACCGUCCCGGCCCUGGAGCAGUGAUCGGGAGCUCACUGCCUCAAGAGACUGCUCUGAACACCGUAGCUUCUGUCCACUUAGUGGAACCCAAGCCAGGCGCCUUUUACGGAGCCAACAUCGACCUCGGAGCUUCCGCUGCAUUCUCCCUGCCUGAGCCCUGGGACAAGAGGGUCAUCCGUCCCGAGGGGCGGCUGGCCACACUGCCCGCCAAGCAAGCCAUGCCCUGUGCUGGGCGCCACGUGCACAUCGUCCCGUGGAAUCUGCACGGCUGCCCCGGGAGCUUCACGGACGAGCUGCGGCUCUGCCUGCCCACCCUCUCCUCUGCGGGGGGUCGGAGGGUCUGCAGGCUCAGGCCUCCGGGACCCUUCAGGGCCUCCCUGUGUCCCCACCGAGGUCCCAAAGGCUGAGGAAAUAGAAGCUCAAAGAGGACAGAAGCCUGCCCGGGAGCGAAACAGCUAUGAGGAAGGAGACCUUGGGAUGUGGACCCUACGCCACGGGGAUGGUCUGGCCACGCAGCCGGGAGCCCUUGGUCCUGGGCCAACAUCUGCUUCUCUGAGCACGGCCGCUGGGCUGUGCCGGGCGGUGUGGGUGGCCCAGGGGGCCUCAGCUUGGGGGAGCUGCUCCAACCUCCUGAGGCCAGGCCCCAGCUCAAGAGCCUGACUCGGGGGUGGGGUGGGGGCUGUGGACGGUGGUCUGAGGGUCUGCAGCUGGAAACUCUGCCUGCGGCCCCCCCGCCUGCCCGGUGGACACGCUGCAGGCCGAGUUCCCGGGGCCCGGGUUUCUGUGGCUGAGAAACAGGGGCUCUGACUCCCAGGCUGGAGCCGGACAGGGUAGUCAGGGCGGCGUUUGACCUCGCGGUAUGGGGGUCCCCUCCCAGCCGUGCCGCGCUGCCUGCGGACAACACGGAGGCCAGCCAGAGGCCCACACUCGGGGCCUGGGGACCAGGAGGCCCAGCACUGUGGGGCACCUGCAGCCAGGGUGCGCCUGGAUCAGAUCACACCCGAAUGCAGCUUCGGGAACCAAAAAGGGCAAUGGCCGCACGUUGGGUUCCUUGAGCCUGGGCUCGAGGGGACCGACCCAGGGCGCCUCCAGGCCUUUUAGACGAGUGGCAGUAGGGCUCGGAGGUGUUGCUUGAGCACCGGCACGGCCAGGCCCCUCCUGGUUCCCGUCACACCCAUGCUGCCCAUUCUGCUGCCCCCAACGUACUUAAUCGGCCCGCACAUCCGUGCCCUUUCCUAACCAAAAUGUAUAUAUCUAUUUUUAAGUAGGCUCCAUACCUAAUGCAGGCCCGGACUCACGACCCUGAGAUUAAGACCUGAGCUGAGAACGGGGCGCCUGGGUGGUUCAGUCUGUUAAGCAUCUGGCUCUCGAUUGUGGCUCAGAGCACCAUAUCACGGUUUGUGAGUUCGAGCCCCGCGUCGGGCUCUGCGCUGUCAGCGUGGGGCCUGCUUGGGAUUCUCUCUCUCUCUCCCUCUCUCUGCCCCUCCCCUGCUCACUCUCUCUGUCUCCCAAAAUAAAUAAAUACACUUAAAAAAAAAAAAGACCUGAGCUGAGAUCCAGAGUUGGACGGACACUUAACUGACCACGCCACCCGCUCCCCUGAAAUGUAUUCAAAGGGAGCCUUUUGUGUCCCUGCAGGAAGACGUGAGCGACAAGACCCAGGGGGGCCACCUGGUUA